GACUUCGCCGCCCGCCACGUCACCAACUGCUCGCCGCAGCUGGAGACGGUGACGCUGCAGUUGCAGGAGCCGGUGCAGGAGGAGGCUGCCGGCCUGUGCAGUGGCGUGAACGAGGAGCCGCGGCGCUGGCUGAGCCCGCAGUCGGAGCCGGCCAACGCUCUCACGGCCGACGCCGUGUUCGGCAAGGUGGCGCUAGGCGGCACGUUCGACCAGAUCCACACGGGCCACAAGCUGCUGCUGACGGCCGGCCUGCUGCACUGCUCGCAGGAGCUCACCGUCGGCGUCACCGACGACGCCAUGAACGCCGGCAAGACGCUGCGCGAGCUGAUCGCGCCCUGUCUGGAGCGCGUUCAGGGCGUUGCCGACCUGGUGGCCGACCUGGACGAGACGGUGGCGGCGCGCGUGGCGCCCAUCACCGACCCGUUCGGCCCAACCGCCGACGACCCCAGCCUGCAGCUACUCGUGGUCAGCGAAGAGACAGCCGGCGGCGCCGAGCGCGUGGCGGCCGAGCGGCGGCGCCGUCACCUGCCGCCCAUGCAGGUGUACACGGUGCCGCUGCUGGCCGAUACCGACAGCGCUGAGCACGAGGAGACGAAGCUGAGCUCGAGCUCGCUGCGCAUGCGUCGGCUGGGCGCGGUGCGACGACCGCGGCUGGGCGUAUCGCGCCGCGCCGGCGGCCCGUACGUGAUCGGCCUGACGGGCGGCGCCGCCAGCGGCAAGAGCUCGGUCUGCCGCCGGCUGGCUGCGCUCGGUGCGCACGUCGUCGACUGCGACCGGCUCGGCCACGAGGCCUACGAGCCCGGCACGGUGGCGCACGCGCGUCUGCGCCAGCUGUUCGGCGAGGAGAUCGUGGCAGAGGACGGCCGCAUCGACCGGCGCCGGCUGGGCGCGCGCGUGUUCGCCAGCCGGCCCGCGCUGCGCCAGCUCACCGACUGCGUGUGGCCGGAGAUUGCGGCGCUGGCUGAGCGCCGGCUGGCGGCGCUGCCGGCCGGCCAGGUGGCCGUGCUGGACGCGGCCGUGCUGCUCGAGGCCGGCUGGGACGCGCAGCUCUGCGACGAGGUCUGGGUGACGCUGGUGCCGCGCGAGGAGGCCGUGCGUCGCGCCGUGCAGCGUGAUGGCGUCACCGGGGAGCAGGCCGAGCGCCGACUGGACGCGCAGAUGAGCAACGCGCGGCGUGUGGAGGCGGCCACCGUCGUGCUGAGCACGCUCUGGGAGCCAGAGUACACGCAGCGCCAGGUGGAGCGCGCCUGGAGCCAGCUGAUGGCCGAUCUGGGCAAACGGCAGUGAUUGGUCGGCACGGUGUGAUGUUAGAUGGGUGUUUACCGGCAGGUAUCUGAUUUGUUGGUGGUGAUGGUCAGGUCAGGUCAAGAUUGCCAGACAAAACAUAGCGCCGUGGGCAACGAAGCGGUUCUGUUUGAUAUAACAGUCACCGUUGCAAUGAAGCUCGGGUAGCUGGUGGAUGAUACUAUGUUGUAUGAAAAAGGUAAUGUAUUGCUUGCCUGGUCGUAGGGUUUGAUAUUAAGUGAAUGGGGAUGAAUUCCAGUUACUUAGCAAUUUCCAGCCAUGUUCUGAACAUUGAUGCUGCAUAUCGCAGACAAGGGUUGCGCGUUGCGGACAGCCUCUGUUUUGGGCAGGUUGAUAUUCUGACACCUACUCAUGCCGCUUAUCGAUCAGAAAGACAGCGUUUAAUAUGAUUCAUGUCAUUGUGUACUGCAACGAGAUGUACGUUUAACAGAUAUGCCUUUAACAAAUGUGUGGAGGUGGUUUUCUGUAGGCGAAGCAUUUGUCUAGCGUAACCAGUAAGCAUGCGAUUGUGCCAUUGGCGUUAUGGAAAAGGUACCUAGUACGAGCUGAUUACCUGAUGGUGGGAGGGCAUCGGAUCUUCCAGUGAACAUAUUUGUCCUAGAGCUUGUAGCUUCCUUGCCAAUAUAUGCUGGGCUCGCAUCAUUCUUGUAUUGUUACCGGGUCAUAAAAGGAAGCACGCGAAGCGCUCGCAAAUUUCAAAAGAACGCAGACCACCGUCGCAUGUGUAGAGAGUUGCCGAGGUCAAGUAGUCAUGAGCUGCACGUGCAAUCUGUACCGUCCAAAGUGGUGGCAACGGCAACAUGGCCGUGCUGCGCUGACCUGUUGACCAUUCCGCAGUUGAUCAGCGGCUUGGGAGGCGCGUUAAUAAAAUA